UAUACUCGCUGUGAUAAAUUAACAAAAAUUAAACAUUGUGAUAUUAAUAUAUAUAAUGAUGAUGGUACUUCAAAAAAGUGUACAAUGGUGUUUAUGCCUAAAACAGCAAUAACCAAUAUAGCUGCGCAUUUGAGAACUGAACAUAGAAUUUAUAAAAAUCAAAAAUGGGAAGCACAAACACCACUAACAUCAACUACAACUCUCAC